AUGAUGACCAAUUUUGUUGGAAUAAGGUUACCGGUUGUGGCCUGUUACCGUUCUUCUAAUGUUGCUGUUGUUUCUUCCUCUUCAUCUCGAUUAAACCGGACAUUUAAGAAUGCUCCUCGCCGCAUGUUAUUAGCCUUAGGAGCAUCUUCAUUCUUGUCUCACUUUACCACUAACAUGUAUGCUUCUAGUGGCAAAUCCUUCCUUGCAUCCGCCAGAAUAAGCUCCGGCCCCUCCGUCGACCAGAUACUGAAGAAUGUUGAAUGGCCAGAGCAAUUCCCUUUUAAGGAUGAGGAUUUUGAUAGAUUUGAUGAGUCAUCAGAUUCCACAUUCUAUGAAUCACCUCGAUUCGUGACACACAUUGAUGAUCCUGCAAUUGCUGCUUUAACUAAGUAUUACUCUAAGGUUUUUCCACCUAGCAACACUCCUGGAGUAAGCAUUUUGGAUAUGUGUAGCAGUUGGAUCAGCCAUUUUCCAUCCGAAUACAAGCAAGAACGAGUCGUAGGAUUAGGCAUGAAUGAAGAAGAAUUGAAGAGGAACCCGGUUCUCACGGAGUAUGCUGUACAAGACUUAAAUGUGAACCCUAAACUCCCGUUUGAAGAUAACUCGUUCGAUGUCAUCACUAAUGUGGUCAGUGUUGAUUACCUUACAAAGCCUCUUGAUAUUUUCAAGGAGAUGAGCAGGAUACUCAAACCAGGUGGAUUAGCCAUAAUGAGCUUUUCAAACCGAUGCUUCCCGACAAAAGCCAUUUCUGUAUGGGCAUCAUCUGGGGAUGCUGAUCACGUUAUGAUUGUUGGGUCCUAUUUUCAUUACGCGGGAGGAUUUGAACCUCCUCAGGCUGUGGAUAUAUCUCCAAAUCCUGGACGUUCGGAUCCGAUGUACAUCGUAUACUCAAGGAAGCUCUCUGCCGCUUAA